AUGCUGGUGAUGAUAGAGGUGCUGAUGAUGGAGGCAGUGGUGAUGAUAGAGGUGAUGCUGGAGGAGAUGGUGGUGAUGAUGGAGUGCGUCCUCACAUUGCUCCACGGAUAUGAAGAUGUAGUUGCUUUCCAGUUUGGCCUUGUCAUUCCCAACCCCCGAGGCCACUGCCAUGAAAGGCCCUACUUUAUCUCUGGUCCCCCAGCCUCCUCCUACGGGCUCUGUGGAGCUUGCUACUACAUGUUGGAAAACAGACCCAGGAACAUCUACGGCAUGGUCUGCUACUCCUGCCUCCUGGCACGCCCCCACACCAAGGAAUGUGCAGGAGCCAGCUCCGGAGUCUCUGCCAACUUCCCCAGCACCUCUGGCAGCAGCACCCUCUCUCCCUUCCAGCACGCCCACAAAGAGCUCUCAGGCCAAGGGCACCUGGCCACAGCCCUGAUCAUUGCCAUGUCCACCAUCUUCAUCAUGGCCAUAGCCAUUGUCCUCAUCAUCAUGUUCUACAUCAUGAAGACAAAGCCUUCUGCUCCAGCCUGCUGUACCAGCCACCCAGUGAAGAGCGUGGAAGCCCAAGUGAGCAAGGAAGAGGAGAAGAAAGAGGCCCAAGACAGUGUGGUGAUUUUCUCUGAGAAGGACGAAUUCGAGAAGCUGACCACAGCUCCAGCAAAGACUGCCAAGAGCGAGAACGACGCAUCAUCAGAGAACGAGCAGCUGCUGAGCCGGAGCAUGGACAGUGACGAGGAGCCUGCCACCGACAAGCAGGGCUCCCCAGAGCUGUGCCUCUUGUCGCUGGUUCACCUGGCCCGGGAGAAGUCGGCGGCCACCAAGUCAGCCGGGAUUCAAAGCCGAAGGAAAAAGAUAUUGGAUGUGUACGCCAACGUGUGUGGAGUCGUUGAAG